AUGUAUUUAUUCCAAUCUAGGGCUGGAGCCAAGCCCCGACCACCGAGAUCCGCUACAGUGGCGAAGCAUGAACGUCGUCCGAACCCCGAAGGCGACCACAAUCUACAUCUCGACGAAAGAUUUAAUAUGGGAUUUUCUCGGACUUUGGCUCUUUCCACAGAUGAUACGGUGAGGAGUGUACUUGCCACGGAGGUAGUGAUGUGGUCGCCUGUCUAUUGCAAUGCUCGGGACGCAGUUUCUGUAGCUGGGAUGGAAGAACAGGCGAUUCAAGCUCAGGAGGUCAAGGAGGAUGGGAAAAUCCUCCUUGACCCGCCUAUCAAGGAACCUGAUCCGGACGAUAUUUGGACUCCCGCAGGUGAAGAUUACGCGCGACAUUCCGCCACAUUAUCCGUGGAGAGAGACCUUCAUCCGGCUGUUGUAUUUGCCCCUAGUUUGACGCAAUCUCUGGCAAAGAUAAUGGGCUUCCUAUAUAAUUCCAGCUUGGACUUCAACGUGCGAGGCCACGGCUUCAGGUCUCCACUGUUCAGUACUGUCUUGAUCAACAUUCUCAAGUUUAAGGCCUUUCAGCAUGAUCCGGUCAAGAACCUUGCUUCCGUUGGCCAUUGGAGCGACGUGGUUAGAGGUCACUGA